GAGUAGCUUAUCAACGUGUCGCCGGCGAUGCUUCACUGAAGGUGAAAAUCCACUGCGUGUCGGUGUGUUGUGCAGGUUUCCGAGCGAGGUGUUGAAGGCGAAUUUUUCCCAAAGAAUCUAAAGCGAAUCGCUCGUUGUUUUACUUUUCUUAGCUGUAGUUUUGUUCUGCGAGCUUUCAUUGAACACAGCUCCCAGCGGCCCAGUUUUUCUACUGCGCAAUGGUGAACGGUAAUCGUGUGAGUCUUUUGGCAGCCCUCGCCAGCCUUUGUACUGUCUCGCUGGCGCGGGCAGAAGAAUUCGACUGCGGGGUGCGUGGCCAGUCGAACGGUUGGCCCUUCCACGUGGGGCUGUAUCGGGCCGAUCGGAACGAUAGUCAUUACUUUUGCGGCGCAACCAUCGUGUCCAGCUGGCAUGUGAUCGGUUCGGCACACUGCGUAAAGCCGUACCCGGUCGAGUCGCUGUCCGUGCGCUACGGUGUGAGUGAUUUGACGCAGCUCGAGCCACCGAACCGGUGCCGGGUGGAGAAGCUUAUUGUGCAUCCCGAGUAUCAGGCGCCGGACUUUGCGAACGAUAUUGCGCUGGUGCAGCUGCUGGAUGAGAUUCCGCUUGGUCCACUGGCCCGACCGAUCUGUCUGUGGCCGGAGCCGGCCACGAACCUCGGACGAGAGCAGGAGGUGGAAGAAGAUCUGGCCGGUGUGCGGGGAGUGAGUGUGGGCUGGGGCAUUGGGCUGCACAAUGUCUACACGGCAGUGCUGCAAAGUGCGGUCACUGCCGUGCAGCGACAGGGCCGCUGUAUGGAAGCGUUUGCCGGCAAGCUGUUCGAGCGCAAUGAGUUCUUCUGUGCGAUAACGCCCGUGUGCAGCGGAAGCGGUGGCAGUGGGUUCUACGUCGAGCAGAAGGAUCGUUACUAUCUGCGUGGGAUGACAACGUUCGGCAUUGCGCCGAAGGGUUUCUAUCAGUGCGGAGUCAACACGCUGACGGGAUUGCUCAACGUGGCCCGGUACAGCGGAUGGAUCCAGCAACAGCUGCAGCUGUUUGAGGAGCCGACAACGAACUCAACUGGCGGCAUAGCACCCAUUCCAGAUGCGUCGGAUAAUCGGAAUCAACAACCGCCGAAACCCGUCAUAUAAUCCGAACAUGGGUGUGGGUUUUAAUGUAGCGUUAUUAAUGAAAAUAAACAUCGAAAAACUA